AUGAGGUGCCUCAUCCUGAAGGGUCUCGGGUGCCACGUUUGUCCACCUAUCCCCUUUCUGGCGAGGGUGCUAGGGUUGGAAUACAGCGACGUGCUGCCCGACUCCUUCCCCUCGGCCCCGGCGGAGACUCUGCCUCACUUUCUGCUGGAGCCGCAGGAUGCCUACAUCGUGAAGAACAAGCCGGUGGAGCUCGUCUGCCGUGCCAAUCCUGCCACUCAGAUCUACUUCAAGUGCAACGGGGAGUGGGUCAACCAGAACGACCACGUCACCAAGGAGAACCUGGAUGAGGUCACCGGGAUGCUGGUGCGGGAGGUGAAGAUCGAGGUCUCCCGGCAGCAGGUGGAGGAGCUCUUCGGCUUAGAAGAUUACUGGUGCCAGUGCGUGGCCUGGAGCUCUGCGGGCACCACGAAGAGCCGCCGGGCGUACGUCCGCAUAGCAUACCUACGAAAGAACUUUGACCAGGAGCCGCUGGGCAAGGAGGUCCCACUGGAGCAUGAGGUCCUGCUGCAGUGCCGCCCGCCCGAGGGGGUGCCACAGGCGGGGGUGGAGUGGCUGAGGAAUGAGGAUGUCAUCGAUCCCACGCAGGACACCAACUUCCUUAUCACCAUCGAUCACAACCUCAUCAUCAAGCAGGCCCGGCUCUUGGACACGGCUAAUUACACUUGCAUGGCCAAGAACAUUGUGGCCAAGCGCCGGAGCACCACGGCUGCCGUCAUUGUCUAUGUGAACGGUGGCUGGUCCACCUGGUCUGAGUGGUCUCCUUGCAACAACCGCUGUGGCCGAGGCUGGCAGAAGCGCACCCGGACGUGCACCAACCCCGCGCCGCUGAAUGGUGGCUCCUUCUGCGAUGGGCAGCCUUUCCAGAAAAUCACCUGCACCACCCUCUGCCCAGUGGACGGCGCGUGGACAGAGUGGAGCAAGUGGUCCGCGUGCAGCACCGAGUGCACGCACUGGCAUAAAAGAGUUCUAAGCGAACCCAAAAGCCACCUGCUGGAGGCCACAGGUGAUGUGGCUCUGUACGCCGGGCUGGUGGUGGCCAUUUUUGUCUUCAUUGUGAUCCUCAUGGCUGUGGGGGUGGUGGUGUACCGGAGGAGACGCCGGGAUUUUGACACGGACAUCACAGACUCAUCAGCCGCUCUGACCGGAGGCUUCCACCCUGUCAACUUCAAGACAUCCCGGCAUGACAACCCUCAGCUGCUGCACCCCUCGAUGCAGCCGGACCUGACGGCCAGCGCGGGGGUAUACCGUGGCCCCAUGUAUGCCCUGCAGGACUCAUCCGACAAGAUCCCCAUGACCAACUCCCCUCUACUCGACCCUCUCCCCAGUCUCAAGAUCAAGGUGUACAACUCCUCCACCGCCUCCUCCUCACCGGGGCUCCACGAUGGGACAGACCUGCUCGGGGGAGUCCCCACCACUGGCACCUACUCAGGGGACAAUGCCAGGGAUGGCCUCUUUGCAAACGCGCGGAGCAAAGCUCUGGGCUCCCAGCAUCUCCUCAAUUUGCCCCGGGAGCACGGCAACAGUGCCAGCGGCACCUUUGGCUACCUGGGGGGAAGGCUCACGAUCCCAGGCACCGGGGUGAGCCUGCUGGUGCCCCAUGGGGCCAUCCCCCAAGGGAAGUUCUACGAGAUGUACCUGGUCCUCAACAAGGCAGAGAGUGCCCUCCUGCCCUCCGAAGGCACGCAGACAGUGCUGAGCCCGGUGGUGACCUGCGGACCCACCGGCUUGCUCCUGUGCCGCCCCGUCAUCCUGACCAUUCCCCACUGCGCAGAUGUUGGCUCCUCAGAUUGGAUUUACCAACUGAAAACACAGUCCCACCAGGGAAACUGGGAGGAAGUUGUGACGCUGGAUGAGGAGACCCUCAACACUCCCUGCUACUGCCAGCUGGAAGCCAAGUCCUGCCACAUUUUGCUAGACCAGCUUGGCACCUACGUCUUCGUGGGAGAGUCCUACUCCAGGUCAGCCAUCAAGAGGCUCCAGCUGGCAAUCUUUGCCCCCACCGUUUGUACCUCCCUGGAGUACAGCCUCAAGGUCUACUGCUUGGAGGACACGCCAGAUGCUCUGAAGGAGGUGCUGGACCUGGAGCGGACACUGGGUGGGUACCUGCUGGAGGAGCCCAAGCCCCUGCCCUUCAAGGACAGCUACCACAACCUGCGUCUCUCCAUCCACGACAUCCCCCAUGCACUGUGGAGGAGCAAGCUCCUGGCCAAGUACCAGGAAAUCCCGUUCUACCACAUCUGGAGUGGCAGGGGGCGAGCCCUGCACUGCACCUUUACACUGGAGAGGUACAGCCAGGCCUCCACUGAGCUCACCUGCAAGAUCUGUGUCCGGCAGGUGGAAGGGGAAGGGCAGAUCUUCCAGCUCCACAUCACGCUGGGAGAGCACGCCAGCUCCUUCGACACCCUCCGCUCCCACCACAGCGGUGCCACCACCACCACCCAGCUGGGACCCUAUGCCUUCAAAAUCCCCCUUUCCAUCCGGCAGAAGAUCUGCAACAGCCUGGAUGCCCCCAACUCCAGGGGAAAUGACUGGAGACUUCUCGCCCAGAAGCUUUCGAUGGACCGGUAUCUGAACUAUUUUGCCACCAAAGCCAGCCCCACCGGGGUGCUCCUGGACUUAUGGGAAGCCGAGCACCAAGACGACGGCGAUCUCAACACCCUGGCCAGUGCCUUAGAAGAAAUGGGCAAGAGCGAGAUGCUGGUGGUCAUGGCCACAGAGGGGGAUUGCUGA